AUCAUUUAUAAGACGGUGAUAUUUCUCAAGCCAUUUCAUAUAGAACAAAAGACAUCAUGCCUACGGAAAUAGAAGAGCUCGUGGGCUUCAUCGCUCAUCCAAACCCCCAGAUCAGGGCCCUCGCAAUAGAGAACCUAGUCCCAUUUUCAGAGUCUGAGCCGGCUAUUUUCAAGACCGAGCAGCUUAAACCAGUCAAGCAUCUGAAAUUCCUUGUUCGAGAUAUUGCGAAAAUCGCCGAGCAUGCCUUGACUAUCCUUAUCAACUUGACGGGAGACCAGGAAAUCCUGGAGUUUGUGGCGACGGAUGAAAAAUUCCUGGAAAUGGUCUUCUCACACAUUGUCCAUCCCGAGGAGCCAAACGCAGACCUAUUGGCCAUGCUGCUCGCCAACCUCUCCAAAUUCGAGGGCUCAAAAGCCUUCUUCCACAGAAAACAAGAAGCGCCCUCACAACUCGGCUCCGAUGACCGCGUCAUCAACCAGCUCAUGGACCUCUUCGUCAAGGGCCAAGACGGCGCCUACAACAAAAAGGCAGACUUUGACUAUCUCGCCUACGUCUUCGCCGACCUCGCCAAGCACACCGAAAUCCGCCAAUACUUCCUCGCCGAGCAGCCCUACGACGGCGUCAUCCCCCUGACCAAGCUCAAAGUCUUUACCGAGCACAAGUCCGACAUCCGCAGGAAGGGCGUCGCAAACACCAUCAAGAACGCCGCCUUUGAGAUCCCCGCCCACCCGUCGUUCCUGUCCGAGUCGGACAUCAACAUUCUUCCUUAUAUCCUCUUGCCCAUCACCGGCAACGAAGAGUACGACGUCGAUGACACGAUGGACAUGUUGCCUGACCUGCAGCUCCUCCCGCCGGAUAAGAAGCGUGACUCAGACGCAACCAAUAUUCAGACUCACGUCGAGACGUUGACAUUAUUGACAACCACGCUGGAAGGCCGUGAGCUGAUGAGGAAGGUUAAAGUAUACCCAAUCAUUCGGGAGACACACAUGAGAGUCAAUGAUGAGGCUGUUCAAGAGGCAUGCGAUAGACUAGUACAGGUCCUUAUGAGAGAUGAGGCAGAUGAGGCACCGGCAGAGGCAGAAGAACACGUGGAAGCGCGCGUGAAAGAGAUUGAAGCAGAUGAGGAUGAUGAGCUCGUUGAGGUCUAAAAAGUUAUCUGUUCAUUGCACUUUUUUUCUUGUUUCUUUUCUCUCUCUGUGCGUCAUGGAUCUGGGAAAUUUUUAGAUUAGGAUACACACACAAUGUACAAUGGCAUGCGGAGU